ACCCGGUGGUGAAGAAGUAACGCUCAUUCAAAGAAGCGACAGAAACAGACUGUAGUAAAGUCUCUCUCUGUGUCUCUGUCUCUCUCUCUCUCUCUCUGUCUCUCUCUCUCUCUCUCUCUCUCUCUCUCUAUGUCUGCUGGUUUUCGGGAACCUCGACGACACUCGGACCGGUUAACCGACACUCCGCGGACAGGUGCAGAGAUGUCUUCACUCCUCCUGUUCCUCAUCAUCAUCCCCACCACGUCAACGCUAGAGUUCCGUUACCAUGACAACCGCGAGAUUGAGCAGUACCUCCUGCAGACCAACGCCUCCAACCCCGACAUCACACACCUGUACAGCAUCGGCCAGUCGGUCAAAGGUCAGCAGCUGUGGGUGUUGGCUCUGGGUCUCAGUCCUCGCCGUCACACCAUCGGCAUCCCAGAGUUCAAAUAUGUGGGUAACAUGCACGGGAACGAGGCUCUCGGCCGCGUGCUGCUGCUGAAGCUCAUAGACGACCUGCUGCAUGGUUACCGGGACAACGCAACAUGGGCGGUACAGUUACUGAACAGCACUCGCAUCCACAUCCUGCCGACCAUGAACCCAGACGGCUUCGAUGCAUCGGACACAGACUGCGUCUUCACCACGGGGAGGUAUAACUCUAACGGCGUCGAUCUGAACAGGAACUUUCCCGACCCCUUCGCUGGUCUGCGUAAGAAGCCGGAGCUGGACGAGGAGAAGAGAGAGGCGGAGGUGAGGGCUGUGAUUGGCUGGUUGAGGAUGGAGAGUUUUGUUCUUUCUGCAAACCUUCAUGGAGGAGCUCUGGUGGCCAGUUACCCGUAUGACAACAGCAACGGAGGCAGUGAGCUGAUGGGCGGGGCCAGCGUCAGCCCUGAUGAUGACGUGUUUGUCCACCUGGCUAAGGUGUACUCCUAUAACCACGCCUCCAUGCACCAAGGUGACCGCUGCUCCGGCAGGCCGUUCCUGGAGGGCAUCACCAACGGAUACCAGUGGUACCCUCUGAUAGGUGGGAUGCAGGACUAUAACUACGUGUGGGCUCAGUGUUUGGAGUUGACUCUGGAGAUUUCCUGCUGUAAGUUUCCUCCCGUCAAACAACUUCCUGCCAUGUGGACGGAGAACAGGAAGUCUCUGCUGGCCUUCAUCCAGCAGGUCCACCUGGGGGUUAAAGGUCAGGUGUUUAACAGCUCAGGUGUGCCAGUGCAGAACGCAGAGGUGGAGGUGAAAGGUCGCAGGAACAUGUGUCCAUUCAGAACAGACAAACAUGGAGAAUACUACAGACUGCUGCUGCCUGGAAACUACACCUUCAAGGUGAGGUACCUGGGCCACGAGGAUUUAACCGAGACGCUUACCAUCCCACAUGGUCCAGAUCAAUACUCUGCCAUGAAACACAACUUCAGACUACGACAAAUCACCACGACGACCGGACACACAUCGGCUAAUCCCACUGAAGCUACCCUCACACCUACCUCUGAGCAAUCAUUAAACUGUGCGGGAGGCGGAGCCACCAACAGGCCCACAUGGUCGGGCUUAGGUUUGACACUGGGGCUGGUGGCGGUGCUACGAUAUCAGAUCGACUGAAGGAGCGUUUGAUCAUCGCACGUUUGAAUGUAAGAAAUCAAAGAACAAAGCCUCGCCGUGGAUCAGAGGUUUAUGGCGUGGUGUUCUAAGCCUGAACUUUGGGUUUACCAAUCGCCAACCAGAUUUGUCACCGCCAAACAUUCUUC